GACGUCGAUAGCGCGCAUCCUGCGAGGCGACAGCUCUGCCGGAGUCUUCGCGCGAAGUGAGAAUACAUCGAAGGCCGCCGCUUCUACCACCGACGCCUCAGCUGCAACAAUGUCCUCGGUUAACACGCUUGCGCUCCUUGCCCUGGCCUUGGUCCAACUCUGCGUGCUCCCUGCACCGGUGCAUGCGUCUACAGAGAAAAACGAUGUCAAGACGGAGGAAACCGACGCAUUCGAGAUUUUGGCUGCCCUUCCCUACGCCGUGGCUAUUAAAGACACAAAUACCAACCCGUUGUUCAAGUGCCUGACGGCGACACGCAUCCAGUUCGACCCCAGCGGUCCAUCGGCCACGUACGAGUGGUCACUGAACGCAGGUGAUGGACAGCCGAGGAAGAACGCCACGUUUUACUUCACACUGGGUGACUCCCCCGAGACUGCCACUGUCGUGGUGAACUCAGACACCAGCAGUCGGCAGACUAUUCGGUAUCCCUACACUGACUACACGACCUGCGGAAUCAUGGAAGUCAACUACGAAGGACAUCAUUGCACACUGUGGGUAAAAAACGCGACGGCUACGAUUCCGGAAGAAUGUCACCGACAGCAUACCAAGAUCUGCGGGGAGGGUGUUUCCCUCUACGACAAAGAUACUUGCAGCAAAGUCACCGCAUAGAUAUGUUGCAAAGAAAAUGUUCAAAACAGAGAAAAUAUAAGCAUGAUUAAAAUUCGAGGGCUACGAAAAUAGUAUAGGCGAACAAAAUAAAGAGAAGUCCCCAAAUAA